CACAGAAGAAAUAUAUAAGAUUUUAGAAACAGUUGUUUCAAUACUUGAAGAAGAUGAUAAUGCAUGCACUUAUACAGCCACACCUACAUGCCUUCAAUAAUAGCCCGUUUAUUUGGAGUUACAAAUACAAGCCAAACUACCAAUACCUUGUUGGCGUUCAUGGUCAUGUAUGUCUCUUAACUAAACACAGAUCUCCUUCUCAACGGUUAGCUCCCAUGUCUUCUUCCACUCCUCUUAAAAGAAGAAGAAACUUUUUCAAGAACGCACGGGAUCCCAGUUUGGGUAACAGAAUCACAUGUUCUUCUGCUGCCACCCAGCCUUCAUUACCAGAACCUGACAAAGACGAUGACAAAAAUAGAAAGACCCCGGAAAUUAAAACGCUCUUGAGAAGACUAUGGAAAGUGGCAGCUCCUUAUUGGUACUCAGAUGACAAAGUACAAGCCAGAUUGCAACUUGCUGCUGUCUUUGCUCUCACUCUUGCAACUACUGGCAUCAGCGUAGGAUUCAAUUUCCUUGGCCGUGAUUUCUUCAACGCGCUGGCCAACAAGGACCAAGAACAGUUCACCAAGCAACUGCUGUAUUAUCUGGGUGGUUUUGCUGGUGGAAUUCCGUUUUUCGUAUUGAGGGAUUAUGCAAGAGAAACUCUUGCUUUGAGAUGGAGAUCUUGGAUGACAAAAUAUUACAUGGAGCGGUAUCUCACGGAUCGGACAUUUUAUAGGAUUCAAUCCCAAUCUAUAAUUGACAAUCCAGAUCAGCGGAUUGUUGAUGAUUUAAGUUCAUUCACAGGGACUUCCCUCUCGUUCUCUUUGACGCUUUUUAAUGCUGCAGUCGAUUUAAUUUCAUUCAGUAACAUCUUGUAUGGUAUUUAUCCUCCACUAUUUGUUGUUCUUCUGGUUUAUUCAAUUGGUGGAACAGCUAUAAGUGUUUUCCUUGGGAAGGGCUUGGUGAACCUGAACUUCUUGCAAGAGAAAAUGGAGGCAGAUUUUCGUUACGGACUUGUACGGGUUCGAGAAAAUGCUGAAUCAAUUGCAUUCUACGGUGGAGAAGAGAAUGAAAUGCAGCUUUUACUGCAGCGCUUCAAAAGUGCUUUCGAAAAUUUAACCCAAUUGUUAAUAUCUUCUAGAAAUCUAGAGUUCUUCACCAAUGGGUACCGGUACCUCAUUCAGAUUCUUCCUGCUGCAGUUGUCGCCCCUAUGUACUUCUCCGGAAAAAUUGAGUUUGGUGUCAUUAACCAGUCGAUAUCUGCCUUUAAUCAUAUACUUGGAGAUUUCUCCCUUAUUGUGUUCCAGUUUCAAUCUAUCAGUGCUUUCUCAGCAGUCAUUGACCGUCUGGGUGAAUUUGAUGAUGUUCUGGAUAGUGACAGCUCUAAAAGUCUCUCUGAACCCUUAGAAGAAAUCUGUCUUACAUACUGCAAUGUCAAAAGUUCACCCCUCUUUGAGUCCAAUGGAUCUGUUCCCAUAGAUAUGUCUCAGAAAUUACUGGAUGUUGAGAAUCUGACUUUGCAGACACCAACAAGUAAAACCACACUGGUUAGGGACCUAUCAUUGCUGAUCAAAGAAAAAGAGCAUCUGCUGGUAACUGGACCAAGUGGUAGUGGCAAAACUUCUUUGUUGAGGGCCAUGGCUGGUCUUUGGAGUAAUGGAAAAGGAAAAAUUACAUUCUAUGUAAAAGAUGGAGAAGUUCCUGUGGCAUCCACUUCUUCAGAUGCUGCUUCUCCUGAAAUGAAAUCUCAAAAUAUGAAUGGGGAACAUAAACGAUCCAUAAAUAGGAAUUCAAGAGGGGUAUUUUUUCUUCCGCAGAGACCAUACAUGGUUUUAGGAACUCUUCGUCAACAAUUGCUCUAUCCGAUAUGGGUUGAAGAAAUGAUAUCUGCAUCAGAUGCUAAUAAACCUGCUGUACCAUUCUUGAUGUGGGCUCAAACCUCAAAAAAUAUGAGUGCAAAGCCAAGCAAGCCAACGACAGUUGAUCUCAUACAGGCACUUGAGAAUGUCCACCUUGGCUACAUCCUGUCUCGUUUCAAGAGUCUGGAUUCAACAUAUGAGUGGUCCAGUGUACUCUCCCUUGGUGAGCAGCAGCGUCUUGCUGUUGCACGUCUAUUACUCUCAAAACCGAAGUUGGUUCUAUUGGAUGAAUCUACCAGUGCUUUAGAUGAAGCCAACGAGGCACAUUUGUACCAGCAGAUUGAAGCAGCAGGCAUAACAUAUAUAAGCAUUGGGCAUAGGCGAAGCUUGUAUGGUUUCCACAAGAAGGUACUACACAUAUCCACCAUGGAUCCCAAAAGUAGCCAACUUAAUUGGCAUAUUGAAUCAAUCAGUCGGGACUCCAUGUAUAAUCUGUCAAAGAUAUAGCAGCAUAAUCUGUCAAUUAUGCUGUUUGUAGUCUGCCCUUUUUAUGCUGUUUAAAUGGAGGAAGAUGCUCUUGUAACCUUGAUACGAUUUUAUUCACUCAAAAUGGCAAUUGCCACAACUUGAUUAGA